AUGAACAACUUUUCUCGAGUGUUUACUAAAAACAUUAAUCAAGCGGUUCAGUUUGCAUCUGAGAAAUUUGGAACCGCGGAGGAUAUAACUGACCUACCUAAAGAGUAUAAAUUACUUGAGCUGCGCGUAGAUGCUCUUCGAACCAUUCAUGAAGAUUUGCUAAGGGUUACUCGGAUUCAUACAAAUCCAUCAUAUGAUUAUCCUGUACAACUUCAAGAAACUGUAAAAGAGCUUUCGCGUAGUGUUGGUGAUCAAUUGAAAAUUCUAACUUCGUCUCCCGCUGAUAGGAUAGCUGAAACACGAGCAGCAGAAACUUUACCACCACAACCAAAAACAUAUCAUCACGCUCUAGCACGGACCUCGGCACAAGGCGCGAAUCUCUUGGGUAAUGGAGAUCCUCUUGGGGCGGCAUUGAUUAAAUAUGCGGCCGUACAAGAACGUAUCGGAGAACAUAGAAUUAAGAUGGAUUCCGAGAUCACUCAGAAAUUUGUUCAUCCUUUCAAUACAACACUUAAUAAUAAUAUUCAAAUUGCUAUGAGGGCAAGAAGAAAUGUUAAUUCAACACGUUUGGCACUUGAUGCUGCAAAGAGAAGACAAAAGACUGCUCAAGGAGAAAGGUCAGAAGCGUUAAGAUUAGAAGUUGAGCAGACAGAAGAUCAAUUUGUAGCUGCUGUCGAGGAAGCGACUACAAAAAUGAAAUCUGUACUUGAAACGCCUGAAGCCCUUCGAAAUCUUUCAGACUUGGUGUCAGCUCAAUUGGCGUUUUAUGAAGAAGCUUAUAAAACACUUGCUGAUCUUGCACCAGAAAUUGAUGAAAUGCAAGUGACACAAGAAGCUUUGUAUAGGUUAUCAAAUCCGCUUACAACUUAUGGUUUGUUUCAGCAAUGUGUAACAUUUAAAGGAGAAACGAAAUGUACGGAAUUCCCUUCAGAAGAAAAUGAUGAUUGCGCGGAGGAAGGAUUUUGUGAAGAAUGGUUUAAAAUUAGAUAUUAUAUGAUACUUGCAGCUGUAAUUGGAGGAAUUAAUUUGAUUUUUUGUAUGUUUAUAUUAUUAAGCCGUAAAUUUCAUAAUGAACAUGCUUGGAAAGUUGUUUUUGCUUUAACUUUAUUUUCUUCACUUGUUCAAAUGUCUUCAGUUGAAUCAGUUGAUGAAAUUGCUCCUCAUUUCGGAGAACAUGUUGAAAAUGAUAUAAGUUAUUAUCUUGCUAGUUAUUCUUCUUUUUAUAAUUUUCUAUUAGCUUGUCUUUUGUUCGUGGUUGGUUUGACAUAUAACCCUUCAUAUGAGCGCAUAAAUUAG